AUGGCAGGACAAGACGUAACCCCUGAGGGAGAAGUGGUAGAGCCUGUCAGACAAGGCUCAGCCUCCAAGUCUCCCUCGGUUGGCCCUGGCCCUGAUAUCCCUCCACAUGCUCCUCUCUACCCCUUCCGUACACCCAUCAAAGGGUACUGCGACAACACCAAACACCCGACCGAGACCCUCGCCCACAGCACUCUCGUCGCAGCUUGUCAAUCAGACAAACAUCUGUCGCACAUCAGCGAUCCAAACACUUCACGUCACAUGGUCUGCACGAACUGCCACGACAACCCUCCAGUUCACCGUCUGACGCAACAUGAACAAGACCACAUGAUCAGGGACAAGGGUCUCUUCCCUCUGUGCCUUCCCUGUGCAGAGUGGUGGUGCAAUCGCUACGGCAUGAGCCCUGAUGUCGACGGCAACAACUGCACCUGCCAGCAACAAUUUCCUCAGUGGCUCUGUGCUGACUGCUGGGUGGAGAUUGCCAAGGCAAGAAGUUGCAGAAGGGAUGGUUGUGAGAGAUGUGGCUGUGCAAAGAUGAAGGUUAAAUACCAGGGAGCGGGUCAAAUCAGUCAGACUGUGCGCAUGUGCUCUGGCUGUCAGGGGCUUGUUAUCAAGCAUGACGAUGAGGACGAUGAUUAUGGUGACAAUGAUGAGGAUUCAAUGUCGAUCUCUCGCGACGAGCUCUCAGAGACUUCCGAAUGA